AUGGCCCUCCCACUCUCCAUCCCCGACUCCCCCUCCGCGGGCUCCCCUGCCUCCACCGACGGCUCGAACGGGCCCCAGACCCCCGUUUCCCCCAACAACUCCGUCCACACCCUCGCUCUCCCGGCUGCCGACGGCUCAACGGCCCCCGCCGCGCCCAUCUCCAACAACUCCGCUGCCGCCCAGAACAAGCGCAAGCCCUCCCGCCGCGCCAACACUGCCGAGCGCAGGGCCACCCACAACGCAGUCGAGCGCGCCCGCCGCGAGACUCUCAACGGACGCUUCCUGGAUCUUGCUGCUCUCCUCCCGAACCUUUCCCAGAUCCGCAGGCCAUCCAAGUCCUCCAUCGUCAACUCCUCCAUCGCACACAUCCACGCCGCCCGCCGCCACCGCCUCCUGGCUGCGCGCGAGCUCCGCAUCGUCAAGCUCGAGUCCGAUGCCCUCCGCCGCGAGCUCAACGAAUGGCGCGAUCGUUCCGGCCUUCCCCGUGUCGAGGAGCCCGUCCGCGGCGAGGCUUUCCAGAUGAUCCUUUCGGGCGAGGUCGAGGUCAUCAACGCCGGCCCGAUGGAGGAGGAUGAUGGCGAGGACUACGGCGACGACGACUACGCCGGUCCCCCGACCGCCGUUCCCAUUAUGCACGAUAACGACAUGGACGGCCCCAUCCACAAGGGCGACAUCCACAACCCCUUCGCCCACUCCGUCCCCCAGCCCCGCGCCGGCGGAAACGGCCUCCAGCUCCAGACGAUCCUCCCCCGCCCCACCAACGGCCACGGUCCGCACACGCCCAUGGUCGUCCACAGCCCGACUGGCGUCUCCUUCGAGAACCCCGCCAUGUCCGCGCUCUACGAGCCCCACCCCCACCACAUCCAGCCCCAGUACUCCGGCGGGCAGUACAUGUCCCAGCAGGGCCAGGUCAUGGGCGGCCACGUCCACGACGACAAGUGGGGCUCCGCCCAGAUGUUCAACGCGCAGGUCCCUGGUGGGCCUGCGCUGUUCACGCCGCCCGCGUCCUCCCACGGCGCGGGUAACGUGUCCCCGAUGAACGUCGGCGGCCCGCAGCAGCAGCAACAGGCGCAGCAGCAGCAGGCGUUCCUCAUGAACUUCCAGCGCCAGCAGAUGAUGCAGCAGCAGCAGAUGGACGGCCACGCCAACUCGGGCCCCGUCCGUCGCGAGCGCAGCGGCAGCGUCAACAGCAACGGCAGCGGCUACGCCAGCCCCGUCAGCAACCCCGGCAGCAGCUACGAGAUGCCGAGCGCCAUGAACGGCCCCGCCGCCAUCCCCCGCCGCAUGGGCCAGGGCUGGGACGACGGCAUGAACAUGGCCAUGGGCGGCAUGCCCGGCAUGGGCAUGAUGAAGGGCGCGCCCAUCAGCGUCGGGGGCGGCGGCAACAACCACGGUUACGCCUCCAUGAUGCUCUGA